AGAAGACGGGUCUGGAAUCACGCGCAUGCGUCUUCGGUCCUCCGUGCCCAUGGUGCCAAACCAGCGCAUGCCGCGCUGUAUCCUCACGCCUGGGCUGAAGGAACCGUGUCCGCCGCUGAGAGCGGGCCGUCAUGGUCGCUAUGGCCGACGAGACAGAGCUGCGCCUCGGCCUGAAGCUGCUGUGUUUCCGCGCCGUGAGGAAGCACUUCAGCGCCCUGGGCGCGCACGCUACGACGGUUCUCCCAUGUGGCCUGUUAGAGGAGCUGCAGCUUCAUCUUACUGUAUGUCAGCUGGACCAUCUUCAGCCAGCGCUUAACCGCAGAGGUGUGUCUACACUGAGCGCCUGGAGGGAGAUCCUGAGACUCAUGCGUGGACCAUCUUCUGCGCUAGACGUGAGCGGUGAAGAAGAGGCUAAGCACCUGGUGAUGAAGGGCCUGUUCUCCUCUGUUCUGUAUGACUUUAAGAGCGACUUCAUCAACAAAAACCUGUCCAAUCUGAACACCUCCUGGUUCCUGGGCACUGCGGCUAGGUGCUUGCGACAUUUUAUCUUACUGAACAUGGUGGAGCCAUUGAGAAGGCUGACGGGGGAGCACAGGGCGGUGCUGGAGCUGCUGGAGAGGAGCGUCAGCAGUGUGGGAGUGUCACACAGCCUGGACCCGGACAAAGGUCAGGUACUGAUGGAGAAUGUAGAGGAGGUUCCACCUGACAUAGAGCUAAGUAGCAUCAGCAUAGCAAUGGAAGGCAGGCCAAGAACCGACCACAGGGCCUCAAUCUGGCCUCCUGAAGGGCCACAUAUGCAGCUCUAUCAAUCAGCGGAGAACCAGCUGGCUCUGCUGGUGCUUCACAGGCUGCUGGACCACGGUCAGGCCAGGAGAGUGGUGCUCCAGGCUCGCUGCCCCAUCACCCUUGCCUGGAUACUGCACGGACGCAGCUCCCAGACUCAGCACAUGCCUGAGAAGAAGACCCACACAUUUGCCCUGUGCUGGGGACCAAGAAAAUCCAGUCAUGAAGACCAGGAACCUGUCUGCAAACGGCUCAGAGUGGACCACAGAAAGAGGGAUGGGGGAGGACAAGUGGACCCCAAGCUGGGCCAACUGAGUCAUGGAGAUGGUGGGGAAGUAGGUGACAGUGAGGGUGACAGACCGACUAGGGUUGUAGGUGCAAGACCGGGUGGGGGUGGCAGAGAGGGUAGUUGUGGGGGUGAGGGUAUGGAGGUGGGGGUGAGGGUGUGGGUGGCAGACUGGGUGUAG